CGCCUCUAUGGCCGUCGCUGCGGCCGUCCUGGGUGCGGGUCGGCAUGAGCGCGGGCGCGGGUGGCGGAGGCGCAGCUCCUGAGGCGCGGUCUCGGGGGCGUAGCCCGGGAGCGGAAGGCUUCGCCCCGUCGGCGCUGGGGACCCGAGAGCACUGGGAUGCUGUCUAUGAGAGAGAGCUGCAAACUUUCCAAGAAUAUGGAGAUACAGGGGAAAUCUGGUUUGGAGAAGAGAGUAUGAGUCGGCUAAUAAGGUGGAUGCAAAAACAGAAGAUUCCACUGGAUGCUUCAGUGCUUGAUAUUGGAACUGGAAAUGGUGUUUUCCUGGUUGAACUUGCAAAGUUCGGUUUUUCUGAUAUUACUGGAAUCGAUUACUCUCCUUCUGCAAUACAGCUUUCUGGAAACAUUAUAGAGAAGGAAGGUUUCUCUAACAUUAAGCUGAAGGUAGAAGACUUUUUGAAUCUUUCCGCCAAGCUGUCUGGAUUUCAUAUUUGUAUUGACAAAGGGACUUUUGAUGCCAUAAGCCUUAAUCCUGACAAUGCAAUCGAGAAGAGGAAGCAAUAUGUGAAAUCUCUCUCCAGGGUGUUGAAAGUGAAAGGCUUUUUUCUAAUAACUUCAUGUAAUUGGACCAAAGAAGAGUUGCUAAAUGAAUUCAGUGAAGGAUUUGAACUUUUCGAAGAGCUGCCGACACCUACUUUCAGCUUCGGAGGCCGGUCGGGAAACAGUGUAGCAGCAUUGGUUUUCCAGAAGUCGUGAGACUUCAGUGGGCAAAUUCAGCUGGCUUUCUUAAGAAGCUCUCCAUCAGUCAGCGUGUCACAGCAAAUGCCAGUGCAAAUAAAUGCUUAGUAAGUACAAAGGAUGUAUAUGCUGAACAGAUAGAACGGGCCGGUGAAAAAUUGUGGACUUGAGUGGCUGGGUUUACCGCUCAGCCAAGAAGAAUGAAACAUGUUCUUUUGUUUUCAAAAUGUAAAUAUUUUUCUUUUUGUUUAAAAAAAUUUACUGUAACUGCUGAACAGUUAAAACUUUCAAGCAGUAAAUGA